AUCUUAGCAACAGCAGAGUAUAAAAGCCAGAAGAUAAGGAGAUUCUUGCACCUUGCUUGGUAUCUGACUGAUUCACAGUUGCCAUGCAUCUGGCUGUCACAGCGCUGUGCUUGACAUUGGCUCCCAUCCUGGCAAGAGCUUCCACCAGUUGUGGUCUCGCCAACAUCUCCAUCUCCGUGGAGAAUGAAGAAUGCGGUGGCUGCGUCACCUUCAACACCACCGCCUGUGCUGGCCUGUGCUUCACCCAGGAUUCUGUGUACAAGAGCUCCCUGAAACCAUACCCCCAACAGGCCUGCAACUUCAGGGAUGUAGUCUAUGAGACUGUACACUUGCCUGGGUGUCCCAGUGGAAUGGACCUCCACUUCACCUACCCUGUGGCUCUGAGCUGUGAGUGCAGCAAGUGCAACACGGACAGCACCGACUGUGGCCCACUUAACACAGAAGUGUCAGGCUGUCUGACCCACUAGACCAAGCAUGGAACCACACACACACAACUGCGGCAAGGGAUAGAUGCUUCAGCUUCAAACAAUCAUUUCAAUAGUCUGCAUCAGGGCCUUGUGGUGUUAAAAGGCAAUUUUGUGAGGGCUUGGAAUAUAAGGGUUUGCCACAUGAAGAUUUCAAGUGUGUUCCUAGAUUGUGUUUUAGAAUAUACAAUUACGUUCGUUAAUACUAAUUUAAAUUAAAUGUUUUGCACGGUUAAUGGCUGCAACAUAAUAAUUCUCUCUGUGAUAUUCCCGCUCAAGUUUUUCAGUUGCUUUGCUGAAAUAAGUCACAUUUCAAAAUUACAAUGCAUGGUUGACUGAGAUACUGUUCAUAUUAAAUUAAAAAUUUAAUUAAAUCAUGCUGGUUUAAAACAGUUCGAAACAUAAAAGUUGUAGUAGAUGUCAAUUGUAGUAGAUUUUUUACAUUGCCAUCUCAAUGCCUUAUUGAUGAGGCCCACAGUAUCAUUCUUUAUAUGGAUUUUAAUUUGUUAAUGAAUAGUGUGUGUUUGAUUGAUAUAGCAUACAAAUUGGAAUAUGUACAUUACAAGCCAUGCUUGAUUAUUGUUUGUCCUGUAAGAUUUUGCUGUAAUUUGUCAUUUUGUAAACAAUGCAUCAUUAAAGUAGUUUUAUUACUGCAA